AGGUUUUGUUUAAAUACCAUCCAGCACGAGUGGUUUCGUGUCUCAAGUCAGAAGUCAGCUGUCCCUGAAAUGGUUGGAGACUACAUAACUGCUUUUGAAGAGAUUUCUCCUGCUGUCCUCAGACAUAUCAUCAAUAUGGCAGAUGGAAACGGAAACACGGCUCUGCAUUACAGCGUCUCACAUUCUAACUUUGAAAUUGUAAAGCUGCUUCUGGAUGCAAAUGUCUGUAAUGUAAAUCACCAGAACAAGGCCGGCUAUACCCCUAUCAUGCUCGCUGCACUUGCAGCUGUGGAAGUGGAGAAGGACAUGAGGAUAGUGGAGGAACUGUUCAGCUUUGGGGACGUGAAUGCUAAAGCCAGCCAGGCUGGUCAGACUGCAUUGAUGCUAGCUGUGAGUCAUGGGCGGAUAGACAUGGUUAAAGCUUUACUGGCCUGUGGUGCAGACGUCAAUAUCCAGGAUGACGAGGGCUCUACAGCCCUGAUGUGUGCUAGUGAACACGGACAUGUAGAGAUUGUCAAACUUCUGCUGGCUCAGCCUGGGUGUAAUGGCACCCUGGAGGACAAUGAUGGCAGCACAGCACUUUCAAUAGCCUUGGAAGCUGGACAUAAGGAUAUCGCGGUUCUCCUUUAUGCUCAUGUCAACUUUUCCAAAACCCAGUCACCGAGCACUCCUAGGCUUAGCAGAAAGACAUCUCCUGGUCCCACCCACAGAGUCACAUUUGAGUAGUAGUGCAUGAAUAAUUGUAAAAAUCUCUAUGCCAUCUUUAAGCUGCUAAAUGUUACUGUUUUACUGAGACAGAUACUGAAUGUAAUUGUCUUGUGCCUGAACUCACCAGCAAAGUGAAAGCAGAGAUCUAGUGCUAAAGAUAGAAAACUGUAAACUUGAAGCAAGCAUAUAGUUAAGUAGUGCUCAGGUGAGAACCUUAGCCAAAACUGUUCUUUUGCUCACCUACUUGUCUUUCUGUACAGUGGCAUACAUCUAUUUUUCUGUGCUGUAGAUUAUCCUUUCCUAUGUUAUGUCCAGCGUAAGACUUAAAGCUACCUUUGCAAGGGUGUCCCGGUGGCUUGUUUUUAAUCAUUCUAAAACAUACUUAUAUUUACUGUGCCUAGACUUUUAUCACAGUAACCUUUUCAUAAAUUUCAUUCCAACAUGAUUAUGAUGGUUUUACUAACUUUGAAAUUCAGAAGUUGCAGUUGCUUAUGCAGUCAGCUCCGUGGAUCUUGAGCUGGUGGGUGAAUGGGUAGGUGUUGGGGAUAAAGCCUCUUGUCAGGUCCGAAGUUCACUAAAUAAGUUGUCGCUAAUUGGGGAUAAUGUAUAACUUUUUAUAUGAAAGAUACUAGUAUCUAUAAAAUUAACUCGCACAGUAUUUUCAACAUUUUAUAUUCCUUAAUUAAAAACUACAUGAAGAAUUGUGUCCUGUUACCAUAUUUUUAUUAACUGUGUCAGUCUGUAAGCCUCAUACAUGUUUAUUGGAGAGUAAAAUUAGAGGUACCA